AUGCCACCCAAGAGAAAAUCAUCAAGAAGGCAAGAUCCUACUCAAAAGAAGAGACAGCAAGAGGGGUCCACAGAAACAUUAUCGUUCGAGAAUGUAAACUCACUUGGAGAAGAGAUCAAGAAUGCAUCAAAGUUCAAUAACUUUGUCGUACUACUUUCGCAACUCCAAAAUGUUCAAAAGAUUCUUGCUGAAAAGGAAGACAAGGAAUCGGAGACUUUGGGCCGUCAAAUUUUGGCUGUACUUUUUGAACGAUUUGAAGCAUUGCUCAAUGAGGGGAUGAUGAAAGGUUCCAGCAAACACGAUGAAAAACAGAAGUUGGUAAUCAACUGGCUAGCAGACAAGUACCAAACUUUCAAGACAACCCUUACACAGCUUCUACUGUCUAGGCUAUAUUAUGAAACGUCCAUGCAGUUGGAUGCAAUGGAAGUAUACUUGAAUUUUGUCAAGUUGGAAAGUAAGAGUGCAGAAAACCAAUUUCCCAAAAAGACGUACCAACAGCUUGUUGAAUCAUUGUUACAUAGUCAUGCAGGCGAUUCUUUACCUGAUGGAACGUCUAGUAGCUUCAUCACUUUAGAAUUUAGUGAAAUUUUCAAAAACUAUUGGGAUUUGCAAUUUUACUUUUUUGACAUAUUGAACGGCACCUUAUCCACUUGGAAAGAAAAUUUAUCAAAUGCCGAACUUGAAAGAAUAGUUGCCAACUUUGUCACAAUCAUACGGAAUGGAUUAAAGUUCAGUACAGAGGAUCUUGAGAAUGAGCCCACUUUUGUUGCCAAAGAUGUUUUGCCUUCUGCAAUAUACAAACACAACAAGUUCAAAUCACAGUUUCAAAAAAUUGUAUUGACAAUUUUGUCUUAUCCUUUGUCGCCAGCGCAAUACAAAGCUAUUUUAUCAAUUCUACAUAAACGUAUUAUUCCGUACAUGGCUCAACCUCAAGGCUUGAUGGAUUUUUUGACUGAUGCGUACAAUUUACAAGACGACUUAAUCAUUCCCAUAUUAUCACUCAACUCGUUAUACGAGUUAAUGAAGAGGUACAAUUUGGAGUAUCCUGAUUUCUACUCCAAGUUAUACUCAUUAUUGAGACCUGAUUUGUUUUACACUAGGUAUAGGUCGAGAUUCUUUCGUUUGUGCGAUUUGUUCUUGUCAUCAACCCAUUUAUCUGCUACGUUGGUGGCUUCGUUUAUAAAGAGGCUAGCAAGAUUGGCUUUAACUUCAAGCGCAUCGGGUGUCGUCAUUAUCAUUCCAUUCAUUUAUAAUUUGCUAAAGAGACACCCCACUUGUAUGAUAAUGCUACACAAUACGGAUGGUUCACAAGUAGGAGAUCCAUUUGACAAUCUUGAAACAAAUCCUUUGAAUACAAAAGCGAUCAAGUCGUCCCUUUGGGAGUUAGAAACGCUAAUGAGUCACUACCAUCCCAAUAUUGCCACGUUGGCAAAAAUUUUUGGAGAGCCUUUCAGGAAGCCCAAUUAUAACAUGGAGGAUUUCUUGGAUUGGAGUUACCAGAGCUUGUUGGAGACAGAGAAAUCACGUAGGUAUAAGAAUCAAGCAGCCCUUGAAUUUGAAAAUUUCGACUCUGUUUUGUCAGAGCAGGAUAAAGAAGGGAGCGCUUUAUUAGAAGGGUGGUGUUUGUGA